ACAGCGAGCACCGAUCUCAUCUCAGUUAGUUGUGAGCUUGUCGGGAAAGAGAAUAAUGGCAGUGUGUAAAGGCGGAAACAUGGCCGGAUCAGCGGGGACCGACACCGACAGCAGCGGAACACCGACGCGACGCAGACGCGCACCCGACGCUCUGCUGGCCGUCGUCAUCAUGAGUCUCGAAGUCUUCAUCAUCCAGGCGUCUUCGCUUCAGUUCUCCGAAGAGCCCCAGUCUCAGGACGCAUUACACGGCCGCAGUGCUAUCCUGCGCUGUGAGCUCAGCGGCCCGGAGGACAUGCGCAUCUGGUGGACUCAGGACGGCCGUCGCGUGCAGGACUCGAACCACCGCUUCCAGGAGGGCAGUAACCUGAAGUUCACGGCGGUGGACCGUCACGCAGACACCGGCAGCUUCCAGUGUGUGGCAUCCAGCAGCUCCACCGGAGAGACCGUGACCUCCGCCAACGCCUCCAUCAACAUCAAAUGGCUGGAGAGGGGGCCAAUUACAAUGAAAGAACCCGCCUCAGAGGCGGAGCUAGAGGAGGCUGAGCGAAUCGUGCUGCAGUGUCACAUUGAUGGACAUCCACGGCCGAGCAGUAAAUGGUUCAAAGAUGGAGCUCAGCUGGACAGAAAGGACCGGAUCCUGACGCUGACCAACCUCAGCACAGGGGAUUCUGGGAUAUACUCCUGCUGUGCUCAAAAUGCUGCUGGAAAAGUGUGCAGUAACCACAACAUCACCCUCAAUAUUUUUGAUAAGUCUGUUCCCCGUGUGCUGGUGGCUCCGGUGGAUCAGGUGGUUCUGCGUAAUGAGGAGGCCGUGUUUCACUGUCAGUUCAGAGCCAAGCCGCCGCCGCUGAUCGAGUGGUUCCACGACGCAGAACCCGUCCUCAACAAAUCACGCGAAGAGCUCACUUGGUUCAGACGAUCAGCUCGUGAUCCAGUGUUUUCUGCAUCUCAGAACGACUCGUUCACACUGAAUGAAUGCAGUCCACUCCUUUAUUUCAUGAGCUAUAAGUCUGUUCCCCGUGUGCUGGUGGCUCCGGUGGAUCAGGUGGUUCUGCGUAAUGAGGAGGCCGUGUUUCACUGUCAGUUCAGAGCCAAGCCGCCGCCGCUGAUCGAGUGGUUCCACGACGCAGAACCCGUCCUCAACAAAUCACGAGCAUAUAAGUCUGUUCCCCGUGUGCUGGUGGCUCCGGUGGAUCAGGUGGUUCUGCGUAAUGAGGAGGCCGUGUUUCACUGUCAGUUCAGAGCCAAGCCGCCGCCGCUGAUCGAGUGGUUCCACGACGCAGAACCCGUCCUCAACAAAUCACGGCUGGCUGCUGUUGUGUGUGUGUCUGUAGAGAUCGCAGAUAUGGGCGAGCGCUUGUGGCGUGUUUUCUCUGCGGGCCGCGGUGAGCGUGUGCGCUGUGAUCCGCCACGGGGUCAGCCGGAGCCGCAGGUGUGGUGGGAGCGUGCAGGAGCUCGUGUGGCGUCUGAGGGUCGAGUCCAUCAACGGGACGGAGAUCUGAUCUUCAGCCCCACAGACAGAUCAGACUCGGGCGUCUACACGUGUGUCGCCCGCAACACAGCCGGACAGAAGCAGCAGGAGCUCGUGGUCACUGUAGCCACGGUGGCAUCACCAGCUCUGAUUGAAACCGCAUGGCUUCCUGCAGUGAUGACGGUGAUGUCUGGUGUGUUUGAGCUGGUUUCUCAUGUGUGUGUCUCCGCAGACGGCGCUGAUCUCCCGUCUCACGUGAAUCAGAUGAACGGAGUUCUGCGCUUCAGUACAGUGACCCGCGCCGAUGGAGGGAACUACACGUGUGUGGCGUCCAGCAGCGCGCAGGGAGAGAUACGAGCGCACAUCCAUCUUACUGUAGGAGUUCACGUGGAGUUUAAGCUGGAGCCGGAGCAGACCACAGUCUAUCAGGGUCACACGGCCGUGCUUCACUGUCAGGCGUCAGGUGACCCGCAGCCGUACGUCCAGUGGAUGCUCAAAGACAAACUACUCGGCAGCAGCAGCUCCAGCAGGUUUCAGAAGAUGCCCAAUGGCUCUCUGGUCAUUAGUAACGUGACCACUGAGGACACGGGUGUGUACACCUGCAUCGCAGGAAACACCUGCAACAUCAGAGACACGGCAGCGCAGCUCUAUGUCGUGGAGAAGCCUGUGCACCCGCGCAGUGAAGACGAGGAUAAGAGUCAGUUUAAGAUGUUCCAGACGAUCGCGCUGUCGGUGGCCGUGGCCGUGGCGUACAUCAUUGCUGUGCUGGGACUGAUGUUCUACUGCAAACAGAGACGCAAGAGCAAACGGCUGCAGAAGAACCGCGCCGGAGAAGAGCCCGAGAUGGAGUGUCUGAACGGUGUUCAGCUGAAUGGCCACAGGAUGUCUGUGAUCCAUGAAGAAGUGGCUUUAAGCAGCAUGAGACCUUCAGCAGACUCAGAGAAACAGCAGAGCUGCGGUGACAAGCUGCACUUUCCCAGAGCGCACCUGCAGACCAUCACCUCACUGGGUCGUGGUGUGUUCGGCGAGGUGUUUCUGGCUAAAGCGAGGGCGAUAGAGGAGGCCGAGCCGGAGACGCUGGUGCUGGUCAAGAGUUUAGAGAGCCGAGAAGAAACGCACCGAACCGAGUUCAGACGAGAGCUGGAGAUGUUCAGCAAACUCAAUCACGCUCACGUCGUACGACUGCUGGGAAUCUGCAGAGAAACCCAACCUCAUUACAUGAUCCUGGAAUACGUGGAUCUGGGCGAUCUCAAACAGUUCCUCAGAAUAUCAAAAAGCAGCGAUGAGAAACUCAAGCCGCAUCCCAUCAGCACUAGAACUAAAGUCUCCAUCUGUGCUCAGGUGGCUCAUGGGAUGCAGCAUUUAUCAAACAGGGGUUUUGUGCAUAAAGACCUGGCGGCCAGGAACUGUCUAAUCAGCGGACAGAGACACGUGAAGGUGUCUGCACUCAGUCUGAGUAAAGACGUCUAUCUCAGCGAGUACUAUCAGAACAGGCAGGUGUGGAUCCCGCUGCGCUGGCUGCCGGCUGAGAGUGUGUUUGAGGGUGAGUUCUGCAGUAAGGCAGACGUCUGGGCGUUCGGGGUGCUGAUGUGGGAGGUGUUCAGUCUGGGUGAGCUGCCGUACCCUGCGCUCAAUGACCACCAGGUGCUGGAAGGUCUCCAGGCAGGUACUCUGCGUUUGUCUCCUCCAGUGAACUGUCCUGCUCACGUCUGCAGUCUGAUGAGCCGCUGCUGGGCGUCCAGCCCUAAAGAACGGCCCACGUUCAGCGAGAUCCUUCAGAUUCUGACUGAUUCCCCCGCAGACACCAAAGUCUAGAGGAUCACGACUGCAAUCAGAGACUCAAUCACACACAUUUCAGACGUGAGAGUCUGCUUCGAGACUCGCUCAGGAUCAAACACGCUUCUGUCCCAUUAAUGAUCUGUUUACGCUUCUGUAGAAGCUCCUUCCUCUCGCUGGAGCCUCAGGGACCCCGAGGACGACCUUUGACCUCUGCAGCGCAGGACAAUCACAGAUCCAUCAGGUUACAGACACAGGAGGAGGUACUGUACACACAUGAUGCUGGAAUCCCGUCACGCCUGCGGCUCUCGUCACGCACUGGAAUCAGCAGUGCAUACAGUCGAGUGUGUGUGUAUGAGUGUGUGUGCGUAUGAGUGUGUGUGCGUAUGAGUGUGUGU